AGACCCGUAUGAACGACAUGCAACAACUGAGGCGUGCACACACUAGAGUAUUCACUGUCUGCAGAGUUUUACAAACCACAGAUGAUCAUAUCACAUGCAUUUUUCAGCAUAUGAAAUAAUGCAUGAUUUUUCUAUAUAAUAACAUAAUAAUAAUGUUUUAUUUCAGUAGCACAUAGAUUAGUCUUGCUGUUUUUUGGAGUGUUUUUAUCUCAUAAUGUUCUUAAAACUCUUGAAGACAAUGGCUUAUGCAUUCAUUUUGAUAUUUUUGUGGCAUCUGAUUGGUGUGUUUGGUGAUGAAGUGAAGAUUGUGUCUGUGAAGGAGGGAGAUUCGGUCACUCUACACACUGAUGUCAAUCAAAUACAGAAAUAUACUGACAUAGAGUGGACAUUUGGAGGAGACGUUAUAGCUAAAGUCAAUAUAAAAACUCAACCGAUCUUAUAUAAUGAUAGUCCUGAGAGAUUGAGAGACAGACUGAAGCUGGAUCAGACUGGAUCUCUGACAAUCACAAACACCAGAACCACAGACUCUGGAAAUUAUAUAUUACAGAUGUAUGGAACCCCAUAUAUGAAGAAGACCUUUGGAGUUACUAUCUAUGCUCCUCUGUCCCUACCUGUCAUCACCAGUUACUGUCCUUCAUCAUCAUCAUCAGUGUAUGGAUGUGCACUGGUGUGUUCAGUGGUGAAUGUGAGUCCUGUGACUCUCUCCUGGUACAAAGGAAACAGUUUAUUGUCCAGCAUCAGUACAUCUAAUGUCAGGAUCAGUCUCUCUCUACCUCUGGAGGUGAAACAUCAGGAUAAAAACAGCUACAGCUGUGUGAUCAACAAUCCCAUCAGAAACCAGACCACACAUCUGAACAUCAGCAAACUCUGUCACACAUGUUCAGUUCCCACAGACAUUUCCUGCCCCAGAAUCUCCUGUUGUGACACUGAAGCUGUGAUCCGAUUGGUCGUCUCUGUUUUGAUGGGUGUGGCUGCUGCUGCUGCUGUGGUUGUGCUCAUUUAUGACAUCAGAUCCAGAAAAGUAGAACACAGGAGGAGAGAACAGACAAAAUAACCAGACCACGAUAAAUCAUUUUUUGUGCCGUUGUUCUGUUUGCUAAAGUGAUGAUAGAAAAUUCUACCCCAUGUAAGAACCACAGUUUAUAUUUAGUUUUCUGUGAUUAUUAAAAACAUGUUGCUAAAAUUAAAUGUGUGCUGAGGCCAGUGAAAAUAAUGUCUGGGCAAGAAUGAGAACAAAUCUGAACUACGGCCCUAAU